CUCUGUUCAUAAAUUUUUGUUACACGGACUGUCUCCAAAGCUGCAAUUGGGAUCAAGUACUCUUGGCUACAGCCAAUCUUGGUAUAUCUACAUCGUGAUGUCACCUAAAACACAGCUGAUUGACGUCAAGUGGGUGGGAAAGCUCUUUUUUUGGGAUGCUGGUGCGUUGAUUCCUGCUUAUGUCCUCUCGUAACCACGGAGACGUGCCAGCGGUCAAUGGCAGUCAUAAAUCCAUCCGUACUGUUGUGUGGAAGGCUGAGUCACACAAAGUCAUUCCUGUCCUGUGACGUCAUCAACACUGAUGACGACAGCUCCUCAUUGGCCAGGCCCGCCACCGCCUAUAAGAGACCUACAGACCGCUGCUCAUAGCAUCACUGAUAGACGCCAUCAUAAAUGGCUCUGAAGUUCAUCAUGAGAGGUUUUUUCCUGGCUAUUGUCUGCAUUUGGCACGUCAUCACUCUGACCGGAGGCCUCCCACUGAGGAAGAGGACCGUGAGCGAGGUCCAGCUCAUGCACGACCGUGGUGAGCUCAGACAGGUGCAGGAGCGCCGUGACUGGCUGCAGGUGAGACUGCGAGGCCUCCACACCGUGCCGGCCCAAAGCCGGUGGAGCAGGACUGGGUUCUUUCCCCAGGAACUGAGUAGCCUGACGGUGGAGCAGAUCCAGGAUGCCUUGAACACGUUUGACAAGCUGCUCCUCUCCAAACCCUCUUGAGUUCACCGGAGCAAUUCCGU